AUGUAUGUUAGGCUAGAUGAAAGGAUAGGAGGAGGGGAAGGGAAACAUCCCGCAGCGAGGCACCCACGCCCUCGUCGGCACCGUAUUGCUCUUGUUGACCUCGGUGCUCCUCAUCUCAUACAUCGCGAGCUACGAGGGAGCCGCCCCGUCUCUGCUGGAGAAGAGUGUGAGUACAAGACUCGUUCUACUGAUGUUUCGAACUUGAGAUCUCCUAUUGUGAACAACUCGAGUUGCUGUUGUUCCCUCGAGCUUUGUGCUGUGGUGCUAUGGCUCACAAAGCUGGAUGGCGAGGCUGAAGAAGCCGAGGGGGAGGAUGAAGAGGCAGAGCCUCAGGCGCCUAGCGUGUCGGACAUGCACAGGGCGCAGAGGGAAAUUCGUGAGUCCAAGGAAGCGAAGCAGAGACAGGACGACAUCGACUUCCCGAAUCGCAGCCCCAAGGAUCAUUGGUACUACUCGGGCAGGGCCGUGCAUCGCAAGAGCUCGAAGCCCUGUUCAGGACAAAGGCAUGCUCUACAUCUGCAUUACCUUAGUUCACAUGCGACUGCAGUGGGAAGCAUCCCCGAUGUCAUUUCGGGAGCAGCGGUCGCAACCAACAACCAGCUGUACAUGCCGGCUCAGCCUCCUCCGGAGCAUGACAUCAUGAUGGAUGUUGAUUUGGCCAACAUCGAGAACCCAACGAGGACGAUGGUGGCCCGUGCGCUGGAGCACAUUCAGGCGAAUGAGAUCAAGACCGAAUACUUCCACGACUCUCUAGUGGACAAUGAUCCUCAUUCCUCGCACUACCAGCAGCGUAUCCAUGUUCCCUCAGUACCGGGGUCCAAGAACAAUGAGAAUGGCCUCCUUUCUUACAACGGCAUCGGCGGAAUCUUCGGCCCAGGCGCUAUGUUUGGCUCCACUGAUGCGAGACCGGAGGUUCCCCUACGUGCCUUCAAGACGCCUAAUGGAUCACUCAAGUGGGUUGACAACCAUGUUCUCAACACUGAGAACGUGCUGCAAGCUGGAACAAGCUUCACAGACAAGCCGAGGUUUAGCUCAGUUGAAGGAACGGCAGGAAACCGGGACAUCGCGCAGGCGAUCCUGAGAAUAUCCGACCCUAAGGAGAUUCGUGCGAACAAGUUCUUGGGAUACGAUCCAGCGAAUCCUCCAGCCAAGGAUGAUCCCACCCUCUACGUCCAUUCAUGGGCUGCCUACACGCCAGAGGGCUCUAGGAGGAGAGAGAUCGCUGCUCGUGGUCAGUUGGCGUACGAGGAGUGGAGGAGGGAACAUCCCCAACAGGCAACUUCUCCUUAUCAUCGUCAUGGGGAUAGUGCUGAGCAUGGAGUCCCUUGCUUCAACGGCAAGGUCCCUUGCAAGCCGCCUGGCCAUGAUCCGCUGAUCAAGUCUGAUCCAUCGCUACGUGGAGGGUCGGCGGCUGAGGGCGAGGAGGGGGAGAAUGGCGAGGGGGAAGAUGAGAACGUGGACGCCAAGUAG